AGAGCGGCUCUCACAUCUCGUGAAAUGGUGAGAGAAGUUGAGAUGUCUGGAACCAUCGAGCAUGUCGACUUUCAGAAGGCAUUUGGCAUCUUGUAUGGAGACGAAAAGUUCCAAAAGAGAUAUCACAAAGAAAUCAGUAAAGAUCCCGGUGCGGUAGUGUCCACUUGGACGAGGGAGGGGCGGCGGGAAGUCAAGUUUGCAGCUCCAGUGAGUGCACCAAAAGUAGUACAGAUGCUUCUAGGCGCAGACAAGCUGCAAGUGACAGAAAUCCAGCAGUAUACAAAGCUGGAAGAUUCAGUCAUCAUAAAGUCUGAGCCGAUUUUCGACGCUCCUGGUGGAAGCAGCUUUCGGACGUUUGGUAAAGUGAUACUGGCGCCUGGUGAUACAGAUCGAAGCUGCCGCGUCACCAUGUUGAUAUCAUUGGAAUGCAAAGCUGGAAUGUGGGGAGUACAGGGAACCGUCGAGAGUUACAUGGAGACCCAUGCAAGGAAAUCUUUUACGGGAUGGAUGCGCAUAGCUCGAAUCUUUUGUGAGGAGGAGCUCGGGUUGACACAGCGGCAGGAGUUUGGAGACGAGGACGAGUACUACGAUUUUGAGGACGUGGGAUCGGUCUCGGGGUCAGAGACAGGGAGUAGUUCUGGUAGCGUAGCGGAUAGAGACAGGGACGUUGGCUCCAGCAGCGAGGCUCCGUUAGGACUGGACAUGUGGUUCGUCCAGUCUGUUUUGAAGGAGCUCAACGGGUUGCAGAUAUCCGGGGACGCAUCGCGGACGCAUUUAGAGAAGUUGAAUGUCAAGCUCCAAAAGAUUGAGGACGAGCUUUUCAUCGUCAAGUCCCACUUAGAGCGGCAGAAUCGGCGAUGGUUACAGGCGACGUGGGGGGUGGUGGCUUUGAGCAUUGCAAUCGGGUUGAUAAUCGGUUUCCGACGGCUGUGUGUGCGCACAAACAGGAGGUAGCACUGCUCAGACUCCCAUGAAUUUGGUUGGCAUUUAUUCGGAGAUGGGAACAGGAAAGGAAUCCUAUGAGAAGGACUCGAGGAAGACACAGGAGAUUAUCAUCACGUGAGCUUGUCAGAGGAUCGUGAGUGGCAGUGGCACUGGAAAAUGGAAGGACACAGCGCCAGGGAAAGCAAAAAAAGUCCUUUUUUUUCUCCGGUUCUACAUCUCUCACUCGGCAAAGACACAAGACGAGAGAUCUCACAUCACCUGGUCGACGACUUCGUCUCCUCCCGUGUCCAUCGGCUCCACGGCAGCUUUGUCACCAGACGCAUUGCCAGAUUCUUCAGCGACGACCUGGCUUAGAACUUUGCGGCAAAUGCGAGAAGGGAAUUUUUUUGGGAUCCAAACCUGGGCCUCGGCUUGCUGGGGCCGUUUCAUCGCGUACAAGCUUCGCACAAACUCGUCCUCCAUGGACUGGAGAUACAUGCUGUGCUUCUCGUCCGUCCAGUCGCUCUCCUGGAGUUUUGAAGUGUUUGCCAUCGCAUCGGCGCCGCGUUAUUGCCAGUCCCAGGGGACAGGACAGGGAAGGGAACUUACACUGUCAUCUGGCAGCUCGGCUCGAUCGCCAUUCCUUUCGUCAUCAUCUUCGGCAGCGUCCACGACGUCUCCCGUGUUUUGGUCGCGAAUGCGUGAAGUCGCCGCCAGAGGCUCCGAGUCGUGGAGCUCCUCCUCGAUGGUGGAAGAGUGGCUGCUAUCCUCUUCUUCCAUAGCUCCGCGCUCGAUCUUCUCCCUGGAAGAGAUAGAGAAGAAAUACAAAGAGGGAGAGAGAGAGAGAGAGAGAGAGAGAGAGAUGGUUCUUCUACCGAGCUCCAACCUAAGGAAGCUUUUUUCUCUCUUUUCAAGAGGAGGGGGCCACGAAUGGAUGGAGUGAAGAAGAAUAAUUUGCAUGAAGCAAGCAACAGAUCUUUCUCCGUGGCA